AUGCCGAUAUUUGACAAGUACGACGGCACGACGAAUCCCAACAAUCACAUGCGGGUAUUCAUGCACCAGAUGAUGUUCCACGCAGUCAGUGAUCCUAUCUGGUGCCGUGUUUUCUCGACUUCUCUCACUGGGGAGGCGUUGGAGUGGUUUUUCGAACUGCCAGCCGGUAGUAAUGAUUCUUUUGCCACUCUGAAGGAAGAUGGGGAAUCGUUGAGGAGUUAUCUUGAUCGGUACAACCGGAUGUCGGUCAAGAUGAAGGAUCUCAGCGACGAGAUCGCCCGACAUCAUUUCUCGUAUGGGCUCCAGCCGGGUGUUUUUGCGGACAAGAUAAGCCGCAAAAAGCCGAAGACAAUGGAGGAAAUGAGGGAACGAGCGCCCAAGUUCAUACAGAUGGAAGAUAUGCAGGAAUUUCGGGUGAAGAAGAGGGAGAAGGAGGAUGCCGCAGUCCCGAAGACCGCCCCUCGGCCGAACAAACCCUCGACCCGACCCAGCGAGAGAAAAGCACCUAGGUUCACGACGUAUACUCCUUUGGCCGUCCCUCGGGCUAGGAUCCUGCAAGAAGCCUUUAGUGCCGACUCACUUCCUGCGGCCAGGAAGAAGCCCCCACCCCCCAAUGCCGAUGGGAGCAAGCACUGCCAGUACCAUCGGGCGAUUGGCCACACCACCGAAGAGUGUCACACGCUUCGAUCGCCCUCCGCGAAGCCCGGUGCGGAACAGAAGUCCCGCACGAAGAGCCGCCCCAGCCCGGUGGGAGAAGCCCCCCCAGUCCCGUCACGGACUCAUCGAAGCCCAAGGAGGAGCCGCAGUCGGAGUCGGGAUAAACCCUUGAGGGGUUAUAUCAAUACUAUCUCCGGAGGCUUCGCCGGAGGAGGAUCAAGCUCAGCUGCUCGGAAGAGGCAUGUUCGGGCACUAAAAUCGGUUCAUCUGGUGGAGAAGAAGGUCCGGUCGAUGCCCCCCAUCACGUUUACGGACGAGGACUUCAAGGCGCCCGACCCUGAUCAUGAUGACCCGAUGGUCAUCUCAAUCGAGGUGGCCGAGUACGGGAUCGGGAAGGUGCUAGUAGACCAAGGAAGCUCCGUCAACAUCUUGUACUGGAAGACUUUCCGGAAGAUGAACCUCUCCGAGGACCUGAUCGUCCCUUAUAACGAGCAGAUCAUUGGAUUCUCGGGUGAGCGAGUCGACACGAGGGGCUACCUGGAUCUUCGUACCAGGAUCGGCUCGCGGAAGGACGACCGAGAGAUCAACAAAUCGCCAGACAAUGCUACGCCGCAGGGUUGA